CUACGCAAUUAAUUAACUUGAUUUACAAAAAUCGAUCGUUGGCUAAUAUUAUAUUAAAACUAUUAUUUAGUAUAUAGUAUAAAGAUAGACGGAAACGGGUUUAAAUCGCAUCUGCGAAUAAUAUCGAUUAUUAUAUUCACGUGGCCUGGCAUCGAACCGAUGACGUCAUUCCAACAGGGAGGAGGCCGACGGUACGAAUGGAAAUUUUCGUUUUCGCUCUUAACCUUUUUCUUCUUUAAUCGACGAUGGAUUCUGACGUGAAGCGUGUGUUGUGGGUCGGUAAUUUGCCCGAAAUGGUCACAGAAGACUUGCUUUGCGAACUUUUCACCCAGGCAGGUCCAGUGGAAAGUGUAAAGAUAGUAAAGGAUAGAACAGGUGGUCAUAGAGGCUAUGCCUUUGUAACCUUCAAGCAUGAAGAAUCUGUACCAUAUACCAUAGCAUUGAUGGAGGGUAUUCGCUUAUUUGGAAAUGUUCUGAAACUCCAGAGACGUUCGGGAGCAGAAAAUGAUGAUAAUCCUUAUUUAAAAGCCAUACGUGAUUAUCAAGCAUCACGCUGUUCUGCAAAUAAUGCAGAAAAUCCUCAAAAGUCAUACAAACAGCAUACUCAUGAUUAUAAAUAUAACACAGACAGAAAAACUUAUGAUAAUUAUAAGAAAACUUCUAGUAGAAACAGUGGAUAUAAAAAUCAUCAGGCUUAUUCAUAUGAAGAAAAGGUGGGAAAAAAUAAGGAUUUAAGACAAAACAGAAGUUUUGAUAGUAAAGAAUCAAAUAGUUUAUCUAAGACAAAUUUCACUAAUUUAAAUUUUGAAGAGAGCUCGAUAGUCAAUCAGAACAUGCACGAAAAAAAUACACACGUUUACGAAGAAAAUAAAUCAGCAACACAGCUGGAAUUCAGACCAAAUGUUCUGCAAGAACACACGAAGACAUUCUUUCAUCAAGGGGUUUUUCAACCCAUACUAGUUCAGUCCUUGCCUAAUUUGUUUAAUAUUCACUAUCAUCCCUACAGAGGAAACAGUUAACCAAAAUUUGCAUAUGUUUCAAACAUAGCUGUUUCAAAAUUAUGUUUUAACUAAAAAGUUAGUGUGUAAAAUUUGUAUAUACACAUACAAAGCAUAACAUAAGCAUUAUUUUUAAGAAAAUUGUUUAAAUAUAACUGAUUGUAACUUUCUUUAGUUGUUUAACACACAAGGAACAUUUCAUUGUUUUAUAUCAUUUGAAAUCAUAUUUUACACAAUAAUCUGUAAUGUAAUUAUAUAUUUGUAAAUAUAAUUUUCUGUUAAAUGCAAGUGACAUAAAUAUCAUGUGUACAUAAAAUAACUUCCCUGUUAUCAAUAGGGAAGUUGUUUUACUUAAAAACCAUGCUAAAAACUAACAGCACUGUGUGUGUUAUUAAGUAAAAAGCAAAAUAAGGUAAGAUUAAUAACUGAUGAAAAUUUUGUUUUUAAUUUAGCUAUCACUUCAUAUUUACUGGAAACUUGUGGAAAAAUCUUCACAUGCAAAUUUUUUCAAAAAGAAAAUUCUUUUGAUUAGUUUUGUUAAGUGUAUUAUAACUAUAACUUGUACCUAAAAACUACGCUAAGACAACACUUGUUGCUGUUUCAUCAGUUUUUUUCUAUGUCCAAUUUGAAAAUUUUUUAUUUUAAAAAUUUACAAGUUGUAUAUAGAUUAAACUACUGCUACAAGUUAUAUAUGGAGAAUUGUAAAAUGAUGAAAAUAUUUUGUUUAGAAAUGCUUUAAGCUUGUUUAAUUUUUUAAUCUUAUAUUUUUAUCUCAGUUUCUUAUUUCUUUGUUCUAAUUCACACAGAAUGACUUAUCCACACAAUUAUGUUGAACCCGGAUUAAAAAGUAAAAACCAAAUCUUUCAAAAACAAAUUUCAUUAUCUAAUAGUAGUAAAUCCAUUAUUUGAAAUACUUUCAGAUACUGGAUUUACCAUGUAAUGAAAGCAAAAGUUGGUGUAACAUUCUGGCAUAAUACAUCAGAUUGUAAUAAUGUGACCCAAAGUGUAAAUCUUUUUUGUAAAGAAUUAAGAUUUACUCAUCUGGUUUGAGUAAAUCUUAAUUCUAGUUAGAGGCAACUGAAUUCUAAGUACUUGACAAAAUAUUAAAAAUUUAUCAGAGUAUGUUUAGUAUAUGAAGUAUAAAUUAUUUGUUUUGUCAAAAAUUGGUUAUGAAGAGUUUUAGUUCUAGAAAUGGUGAGAUUGUUCUGUCAAUUUUUUUUUUUAUCUAAACCACCAUAAACACAAAAUCAGCAAUCUAAAAUUUCAAGUUUCCUUUUAUCAAAUAAAAACUAAAGGAAACUUGCUACUUGUGAGCAGUAUUCUGGUUAAUUAACAUUUUAUAACUAUAUAACUGGUCUCAUUAACUACUCAUAAAAAUUUGACUUAGAUAUUGAAUUUCAAUAUGAAGUAAAAAAAACCUUCAGAUUCAUGCUCUACAAUCAAAAUCUCAUUAACAGUUUUAAGGCAAACUGUUUAAUUAUUAUAAAUUUCCUGAAAUAAUAAAGAAUUGACUGUUAUACAAACUGUUAUUAAAUGGCUAUUUUUAAGAAAAGAAAAUAUAUCAACAUACAGUAUAAGCAACUAUUGAAUGUACUGUAUAGUACCAUUACAUAUGUUCAUUCAUUCAAUAUAUUGUCUAAAGAUAUCAAGCUUUAAAAAAUACAGCUUUAUUUAUAUAAUCUUAUUCAUUUUAGUAUAGAAGCCACUCCUCAAUUUUGUAAGAAACAUUCUUCCCUAAAUUUGUUAAAUAGAAAAGUGAUUUUUGUUUGGUUACUAUUUUUGAAGUAGAAGAAUACAUAAAUUUGAACAAGUAAUCACAUUAUCCAGAUUUUUAUUUUGUGUAACUGUUCAUUUCUAAUAAUUGAACUUUUACAAUUGAGGAAGACUAGAAAUGCAAAAGUUCUCUGGACAAUAUACUGUGUGUUUUGUCUUUGGGUAAGACAUUGAAAAAAUUAUACCACAAUAAAGGAAAAGGAAGUUUAUUUACUGAAAAUUAUAUAUCUGAAGGAAAAUUCUGUAUGCAAUUGCAUGCUAAAUCACAUGCAAUUGCAUUAUGCAAUAGAAGUAAUUAAAAAGAAAAUGAAAAUUUAUUUGUAGUUUAUUUUUGUAAUUAUUAUUUUAAUACUUUGCCUCUUAUCCCUUGCUUCUAACUUUGAACACCUAUAGUUUAUAUUUUAAAAAAAAAGCUGAAAAUGUUUAUUUCUUUAUCUAAACAUAGUCAUUUUC